AUGAGGUGCAAGAAGCACCUCACCGAUUACACCAGCAGCGUCGGCGUCUGCGCCACCUGUCUCACCGAACGCCUUUCAGCUCUCAUCGAGGCCCAAACCCUAGCCGAAGCCCGAUUUGCCCGAUCGCAAGAGGCCCAAGAAGAUCGCCGGAAAUCAGACGCCGCCGCACCGCCCCCUCUCGCCUUCCCGCGCUCCGUCUCCCCGUACAUCUCUCACCGGAAAUCCGAUUACUCCCGCCCUAAUUAUAACACUAACCUUAACCCUAACCGCCGCCACCACACUCUGUCCGAUCAGCUCUUUUAUUCCACUCCGCAGAUAGGCCCCACCGUAGAAUUCGCCGAGGAACGGGACACGUGCGCGAAGCGGAGGAGUAGGAAUUCCUGUUUGUUGUACAGGUUGUUCAGAUUCAGAUCGCGCGAGGCGCCGUCGUCGUCUCCGAACCGGCCGUCGUGGUUGUCCAACAUGCUCUCCUCCCCGAGCCGCCAGAAGAAGGACGAGAUGAAUCGGUCCUCCGUCGACGGCGGCUGGAGACCGUCGAGGCUUCGCCGCUGCGAUCGGGGGAUGUCGCCGGCGAGAGUUUCGGACUGCGGCGGCGACGAGGAGGAUUACUGCGAUUACUCGCCGGAGGAGUGGAGGCAGACGCCGCAGAGGGCGACGCCGCAGGUCCGGCGCGGCGGGCACUCGCGCAACGUGUCCGGGUUGAAGUUCUGCUUGAGCCCGUUGGUGCGAGCGAGCCCUACCCGGCAGUGGAACCAGAAGGGGACAAUAAUGCCGCCGGAGGUGGCGGUUCACGGCGAUGUUAGGGUUCCGGCGGUGGGGCCGCGGCUGUCGACGGGGGCGCUGAACAGGUCGAGGAAGAUCGCCGAUUUCGGCCGGUGCAACUACGGCCACCGAUAG